AUGAGGUUUCUUGACAUUGUAACUGGUUGGCCUGGGGGCAUGACGGUGUCUAGACUUUUAAAGUGUUCAGGAUUUUUCAAGCUCUGUGAAGGUGGACAGCGUUUGAAUGAAAAUGUUAUAACUUUAUCUGGAGGAGUAGAGAUUAGAGAAUACUUAGUUGGCGGGGUUGGCUAUCCUCUGCUUCCCUGGCUCAUAACUCCUUAUGAAAGCAAUGGCCUCCCAGCUUCCAUUUCCGCUUUCAAUUCCGUGCAUGGGGCUGCAAGGUCACUUGCAGUAAAGGCAUUCACGCAGUUAAAGGGCACUUGGAGAAUCCUUAACAAGGUUAUGUGGAGACCCGAUAAGCGGAAACUUCCGAGCAUCAUCUUGAUUUGUCUGAAGGCAGAUGAAAGAGAUGUAUACGAGUUAUUCUCAAGGGCUGGCAAGGUCCGCGAUGUACGCCUCAUUAUGGAUCGCAAUUCAAGACGUUCUAAGGGAGUUGGGUAUAUUGAGUUUUAUGAUGCAAUGUCGGUACCUAUGGCGAUUGCACUUUCUGGUCAGCCUCUUCUUGGUCAACCAUUGAUGGUGAAGCCAUCAGAGGCUGAGAAGAAUCUGGUUGAAUCAACAUCUGUGGUUAGUGGACCAGGUGGGAUGAUAGCCCCAGAUUCUGGCGGAGCUAGAAGGCUGUACGUUGGAAAUCUCCAUACCAAAAUAAAAGAAGACGAUCUCCCGCCAGCCGACCGGCUAUACUCUUUAAAUAUAUUCGAACGAACACGAAGCUUGCACUCGCAGAGAACGGAACUUUCUCUCGUAGUCACUGCUUCUUCCUCCGAGUUCGGCACCGAACUCAGAGGCCGACUUUUCGAACACUGCGAUGACUGUGACUGGAAGUCUAAAAGCAAAUUUGAGAUUGGGAAGCCGAAGCAGUGA